AUGAGAGCGAUCAUGGCCUCCUCCGCCGCCUUCUACUCGAGCUAUGUCGUCGUCUUCCUCUCUACGCUCCUGCUCUCAGGCUUCUCAGUCACUCAUCAUCACACUAGUCAUGCCCAGGCGGACGGCAUCGACCCACUGCUCCCCCUGUGCAAGAGCAUCGGCGGUGGCAGCAGGGACUUCGGCAUCGACUUCUGCAUCUCGGCCCUCGGCUCCGACAACCGGAGCCGCGACGACGGCCCCAACUUCCCCGUCAUCGCCAUCGACCUCCUGGCGGCCAACGCCACCAGUACCGGGGCAAAGAUCGGCGGACUACUGAAGACAAGCGGCGGCGGCAGAGAUGAGGCCACCAGGGACGCCCUGGUGUCGUGCCAGGCGCUGUACGGCGGCAUUGUGGGCUUGCUGCCCGGCUGCACCGCCCAAGUCAACGACGGCAAGUUCGACCGGGCGGCGCUGACCUUUGAGAGGACGGCGAGCGCCGCCAGGGAGUGCGAGGACGCGUUCACGGAGAAGAAAGUGGCGUCGCCAUUGACUGCGGAGGACGACGCCGCAUUCAAGCUGGCCAAGCUUGCUGUUUCCCUGCUUGAGUUCCUUAGCUGA